CGCUUGAGCCAAGAGUACUCCUGGUUCCAAGUGGCGAGGACGUAGCGGCGCGGAUAUUCAUGUUGUCGCGCGAGGAGGGCAGGGCGGUGUGUGUGCUCUCCGCCAAUGGCUCCGUGCUCCCCCCCUCCCUCUCUGGCCCCGCUGCCGCCCUGCCUGCCACGCCACACGCGGGCGCACUGGACGUGGUGUCGCUGGCGGGCUCAUACGUGCCGGACGACCCCGCUGAUGCCUCCAGCCGCAUGGGAGGGCUCACUGCCACCCUUGUGGGCGCUGACGGCCGCGUGCUGGGGGGCACUGUAGCCUCCCCACUGGUUGCUUUCUCCACCGUGCAGGUGACAGUGCUACUUUUUCCAGUUGAGCCCAUGGGCACCUGA